AUGUCCGUAGCGCGUCGCCAUACCGCCCUUAUCACCCUCCCGUGCCUUCCUAUUUGUCGCGCCUCCUCCCGUUUCUGGCGGUCGCGCGCCCAUUUUGCCCAAAGCCCGCUCUGCCGUCCUCCCCCUUCCUCCGUCCCGUCGCGCGCGCAUUGCGCUCCCGCCGCCGCGCGCGCUAAGCACCGUCCGGCAUCGCGCGCGCCUGCCCUUCCUUUCGGCGCUCCCUGCCCUUCCUCAAUCCGCCCCUUCCCUCACCACCCUCCUCCUUCCCUCUCUCCUUUGUGCUUCCGCCCACUACCUCACCUCUUCCUCCUCCUAUUUUCUCUCCCCAUCUGCUGCGGCUCGCAGCUCCUUGUGGCGCUUCCUUCUCUUCCACAAUCCGUCCCCUUCACCCUCCUCCUCUCCUCUCUCCCACUAGUUCCCUCUCCAGUAUCUCACCCCUCCUCCACCUCUUUUUUCCCUUCAUCUGCUGCAGCUGCAGACUUCUCCGCCGCUAUCCCUCCUCCUCUGGUUUCUCCCCUCAUCGGCGCAGCAGUAGACUAUUCCGCCAUUUUCCCUCCUCCUCUGGUUUCUCCCCUCAUCGGCUCAGCAGCAGACUACUUCGCCAUUUUCCCUCCUCCUCUAGUUUCUCCCCGCAUCGGCUCAACAACAGACUACUCCGCCACUUUCCCUCCUCCUCUUGUUUCUCCCCUCAGCGGCUCAGCAGCAGACUACCCCGCCCUUAUUCCUCCGCCUCUUAUACCUCUCCCCACAUCUGCUCUGCAGCUGUCUCCUCCUCCUCAUGGCGACCUCUCUUGCCCUCUCCUCCCUCCCUCUCAAAGUGGUUCUGGCGCCAUUCCUGCCUCUUCCUCUGCACCCACCUCUUACUCCUCUGACCUCUAUGCUGAUGGCCUUCGUGCUGCCAUUGCUGAAACUGAGCGGCUUGUGGCCACGGCGCAAGUCACCGCCACGCCUGCUCCUGACAAUGCUGCUGCCCGUGACUUAGCUUGUAUUCUUGCUGAGUCCCUCGAGAGCACCCGCAAGCACCUCACUGAGCACCUCGCUGCCCCUUCUUGCUCUGCCUCUACGCCCCUUUCCUCUGCUCCAUCUCACACUGACCUUCUCGCUGACUGGCAUGUUGCCAACGCACGUGCCUGUCAAGUCAUCCUUGCCUGCCUCCCUCCAACUCUUCUCCCUUGCUGCUCGCACAUCCGCUAUGCCAAGGACCUUCUCGGCUAUCUCACUCAGCGCUUUCAAUCACAGACUCUCAUCAGCAUCAUUGCCCUCUUACGUGAGCUCAUCUCUCUUCGUCUUGCUGACUUCACCACCAUGGGAGACUACAUCGCUCGUGUGCAGACGCUGUCCUCCCAACUUGCCGCUCAACAGUUUGAGCUGUUCGAUCAUGUCUGCGGUGCCCUCCUCCUCACAGGCCUCACUCCUGAGUACAGUGUUCAUGUCACCUUGUAUGGUGAGCGACCCGCCGACCAGUGGUCGUUCUCCCGUGUCUCUGCCUUCCUCCUCCAGGCAGAGCUCAACCUCCGCAGCUGCCCUCCUACUGUCGCUGCUGUCACACCCUCUUCUGCCCCCCCUCCUCUCUCCACCACCACUGCCGCCGCUGCUUCCUCUCGCCCUCGCAACACCUUUCCUCCUUGCACCUAA